UGGCUUUUUGUAGAGUAAAAUCAUCAUUUUUUUCGUGGUGAGCUUCAUUUUGUAUUAUAUUAUCACAGUCCUCAUCUUCAUCUUUUCCUUCCAAAUCACAGUCCCCAUCAUUGUCAAAAACCUCCAAAUCCCUGUCACUGUCAUUGUCAUUCUCACACUCGUCUUCUUCAGCUUCAAUCGCUUCAUCCUCUAAAAAGUCAUAUUCUGCCAUCACCAUCUGGAAUUGUUGCUGUAACUCUUGCUGUUGUGUCUCCUCUUGACAUAGCUCUAUUCUUACUUCCCACAUUAAGGUCAAAACAGUCCGCUGGAACUCAGGCGAGUACCUUUUUGUUGACAUAGUUCAAUCCUGUCAAGGUCAAAACUUGUCACAUGGGGUGGAAAAUGGUCACAGUUUAUUUUCUCGACUCCAUUUUAACAAGCUGGCUGCAUUCUCCAAGUCUUAUUAGAAAUAAAGUUCAAACUCACAUUUCAAAAGCAUAUAAACAAAAAAAAAAUUCCCAAAAAGUCCAGAAAUAAAAAUAAAAAUACAAUUCGACUUGUAGAUCCUGAUCAGCUCACUGGGUUGUCUGGGCUGCCGGCUCCCGAGGAAAAGAAAGGUCUUUCUUGAUCUUAACCUCUUUCUGCAGGGCAUUCACAACCGCAGUCUUUCUCCCCUUUUACCCUGCAUCUAGGGGAGAUUCUCUUUGAUGCCUUUGAGGGAACCUUUUAAAUUGAAAUCUUCUAUUUACGGCUUCGGGUUUCUGUUUACUGUCUCUUAAGUUGCCGUGGGGGGGGUGGCUUCCUCUUUCCCCCCCUCUCUCCCAGUUCCAAAUUAUUUUAUAAUCCAAAUCGUGUGGUUACUUACAGUCUUAUUUCCAAUCGUUUUAUUUUCAAAAGAAUCCAGCGCUCUCCGCCUUCGGCUUGAAGCUUCUCUCCGCUAGGAUAACGUUACCGCUCAAGAUGGCCCCCACGACUUCUACCCUCCUCGCUCCAGAGCUCUUAUUAGAGCUUGCCGGAGAGUUGGGGAGUCCGGAUUGGGGCUCUGCCGAGCAAAAUUCGCCCCCGGGACGCUCUUCCCGAGGUUCUAAGGGGCGCAGCGUCGCUCUCGCUGCCCUCCCCACUCCCAGCAGAGACGGGCCGUCUCGGAGACGAGACGGGACCCCGCCGAUCGGCGCUGGCGCUGAACCGGAAGCCCCACACCUACUUUUCCAGCAGGAAGAAGAGGUCCUUGGUCUUGAGUGGGCAUGAUGGGAAUUUCUCCUGGCAUACGGAAAGUGGCAUCUAAGUGCAUAAACAAAUUCAGUUCCGCACUGCCUUGAGCAGCAGCCUCUAAAGGCAUUGCUGGCUGCUGGCCGCUGUUGGCUGUGAGACUGUCUGCACAGGAAACAUCCUCUUUUGACCCUGGGCUAGAGGGAAGCCUGCUAAGGAGUCUCCUGCAUUGACUGGCCUUAUCUGGCUGCCACAAAGCAGCUGCCAGGACAUUUGCCUUAUGAAUUUGGGAACCUAUAUCUUGGUAAGCACACGGCGUAUUUGAAGGAUUUGAGAUCUUAGGGGCUUGUGCUGCUGGUACAACUCUCUUACAGCAUUCAUUUGUAGCAUCAGGGGUUUCAGACUGUGCCAGCGUUACUUUUUCUUGCAAACAGUUAGUGAAGUCAAGAAAGCAGUCAGAGGCUUUUUGUCUGAUAGUGGCAGAGUCUUUGAUGGGUUUUUCAGAUUCCGGCAUUUUGUUAAAGGCUUGCAGUGCGCAUGCAGAAAUUAUGGGAAAGCACUCACGGGGCAGGCUGACAUUGCAUACCCACAGUACUCUACUGCCCUUGCCCUACCAACUGGUCAAAGAGUACCCCACGCACAGCGUGUAGCUGGGCAUGAUGUCCUGCAGCCUGGUGAAAUUCAUUAAGCCAAAUCACAUAUUGACCAGGAUUGAGGAGCAUUUUCAUCAGGAAUUUCCAAUCAUCAGGAAUUAGGGCAUAGCCUGCAGAUAAGCCUUCUAUGAGCGCUCUCACAUAAGUGCUGGACAAGCCAAAUUUGUCAGCACCCUUUGUUACUGACUACAGUACUUUAGGCAAAGGGUCCCAAUGGCUAGCCUGAUUUUCCUGGGCAUCUGUUGUGUGUGUGACCAGACCAUCUAUAGUCAGGUCUGCAAGCUCCUCUCCAGUUAGGUGGACAGCUGAAAGUCUUUCCUUCUGAGACUUUACCGACUCAGGAGGUGGUUCCGUGGCUGCCAAGGCAGGCAAGCCUGAAGCCUGAAAAGGAUUGUUACGGGAAAUCUUGGGCUGAGGUAAAGGAAGGAGUUGUUCAAACACCAUCCCCUAUUUUUAAAAGGCACCCGUAAUGACGACGUUGGACCACCCUUUAGGGUUGUCGUAAAUUACUGUUCCAAGCCCCACAAAUCCGGUCUACUUUGCAGGGCUGUUGUAACGGGGGCACCCCACGCCACGGCCCUGCUUUCCCCACGUUGUGUAAGGGGUGUGAAAAUGAACAGACGCUCCCCCAUCUCCCGGCAAGGGAUUAAAAGAGGAAAAGAGGGAAUGUAAGCUGUGCCACCUUCGUUCCCCCGAGGACUUUUUCAGAGGUUGGGGGAGGGUCUCUUUCCCGGCCGUUUCCGGGGAUCGAACCUGGGACCUUCUCAUCAAAGAAACAGAACGGAGCUUGUAUGGAAGGAGGAGAAUUUGUGUGUUCUGCGAGGGAGGCGUCGCUCAUUCCUCCCCAUGGGUCAGUGAGCUCCGCUUCCUAGAGAGGCAGGAAGGUUUGGAGGGGGGAGGGGGGAACAAGGUUGGAGGAGAGGGGCCGCCAUUCACAUUAUCGGAAGAGGAGCAGGUCUGCAGAGGAGGAAGAAAAAAAGAAAACAAAUAGGAUUUUCUCUCCCCCACCCCCGUCGAAAAUAGACAAUGGAACAGGCAGUCAAAAUUCUGGUGGGCCAUGUCCAAUGGGAAUAACGAAGAAACCAUUUAAAUACAUGGAGUGUGAAAAGAGAGAGGAUAAACAAUUUGAAAGAAUGGAGUGUAGAAAGAGCUUCACUGACAGUGGAAAUCUUAGAAAACAUCAACGGACUCACACGGGGGAGAAACCAUUUAAAUGCAUGGAGUGUGGAGAGUGUGGAAAGUGCUUCAGUGAGAGUGGACACCUGAAUUUACAUCAUCAGACUCACACGGGGGAGAAACCAUUUCAAUGCAUGGAGUGUGGAAAGAGCUUCAGUCAGAGUGGAAACCUUAGAAUUCAUCAACGGAGUCACACGGGGGAGAAACCAUUUAAAUGCCCGGAGUGUGGAAAGAGCUUCAGUGAGAGUGGAACACUAAGAAAACAUCAACGGACUCACAUGGGGGAGAAACCAUUUCAAUGCAUGGAGUGUGGAAAGAGCUUCACUACUAUAGGAACCUGUAGAAUUCAUCAUCGGACUCACACGGGGGAGAAACCCUUUCAAUGCAUGGAGUGUGGAAAGAGCUUCAGUCAGAGUGGAGACCUUAGAAUUCAUCAACGGAGUCACACGGGGGAGAAACCAUUUAAAUGCCCGGAGUGUGGAAAGAGCUUCAGUGAGAGUGGAACACUAAGAAAACAUCAACGGACUCACACGGGGGAGAAACCAUUUCAAUGCAUGGAGUGUGGAAAGAGCUUCACUACUAUAGGAACCUGUAGAAUUCAUCAACGGACUCACACGGGGGAGAAACCCUUUCAAUGCAUGGAGUGUGGAAAGAGCUUCACUACUAUAGGAAACCGUAGAAUUCAUCAACGGACUCACACGGGGGAGAAACCAUUUAAAUGUAUGGAGUGUGGGAAAAGCUUCAGUCAGAGUGGACCACUUAGAAUUCAUCAACGGAGUCACACGGGGGAGAAACCAUUUAAAUGCCUGGAGUGUGGAAAGAGCUUCACUGACAGUGGAACACUUAGAAAACAUCAAUGGACUCACACGGGGGAGAAACCCUUUCAAUGCAUGGAGUGUGGAAAGAGCUUCAAUCAGAGUGGAGCACUUCGAAAACAUCAACAAACUCAUACAGUGGAGAAACCAUAUAUGUCCUGGGCCUUUGCCCCUCAAGGGCUUCAGCCCCUUCGAGGCGUUGGGCCUGCUGUCGCUUUAGCUGCUGGAGAAGAGGAUAAACCACUUGAAAGUAUGGAGUGGGGAAAGAGCUUCACUGACAGUGGAAAACUUAGAAUUCAUCAACGGACUCACACGGGGGAGAAACCAUUUAAAUGCAUGGAGUGUGGAAAGAGCUUCAAUCAGAGUGGAACACUUAGAAAACAUCAACGGAGUCACACGGGGGAGAAACCCUUUCAAUGUAUAGAGUGUGGAAAGAGCUUCAGUCAGAGUGGAGACCUUAGAAUUCAUCAACGGAGUCACACGGGGGAGAAACCAUUUAAAUGCAUGGAGUGUGGAAAGAGCUUCAGUCUGAGUGGACCCCUUAGAAAACAUCAACGGACUCACACGGGAGAGAAACCAUUUCAAUGCAUGGAGUGUGGAAAGAGCUUCAGUCUGAGUGGAAACCUUAGAAUUCAUCAACGGACUCACACGGGGGAGAAACCAUUUAAAUGCAUGGAGUGUGGAAAGAGCUUCAGUCUGAGUGGACCCCUUAGAAAACAUCAACGGACUCACACGGGAGAGAAACCAUUUCAAUGCAUGGAGUGUGGAAAGAGCUUCAGUCAGAGUGGACACCUUAGAAUUCAUCAACGGACUCACACGGGGGACAAACCAUUUAAAUGCAUGGAGUGUGGAAAGAGUUUCAGUCAGAAUGGAGACCUUAGAAUUCAUCAAUGGACUCACACGGGGGAGAAACCAUUUAAAUGCAUGGAAUGUGGAAAGAGCUUCAGUCAGUGUGGAGAACUUAGAAUUCAUCAACGGACUCACACGGGGGAGAAACCAUUUAAAUGUAUGGAGUGUGGAAAGAGCUUCAGUCAGAGUGGACACCUUAGAAUUCAUCAACGGAGUCACACGGGGGAGAAACCAUUUAAAUGCAUGGAGUGUGGAAAGAGCUUCAGUCAGAGUGGACACCUUAGAAUUCAUCAACGGACUCACACGGGGGACAAACCAUUUAAAUGCAUGGAGUGUGGAAAAAGCUUCAAUCAGAGUGGAGCCCUUAGAAAACAUCAACGGAGUCACACGGGGGACAAACCAUUUAAAUGCAUGGAGUGUGGAAAGAGCUUCAGUGAGAGUGGUAAUCUUAGAAAACAUCAACAAACUCAUACACGGUAUAAGUGCUAGGGAAGUGGACAGAAGUUCAGUUGAAGUGGAAGUCUUACAAACCGUCAAAAGACUGAGGGGUAAGAGCUGUAAGAGUGGAAACUACAAGCCAUGAAUUAACUCAAAGAUAAGAAAUGGUUUAAAUAGAAGGAGUGUGGAUUCUGCUUUGGUUAUUAUGGAACACUUUUUAGAGUGUAGAACCUCUUUCUCUCUGAGUUGCCAUCAGUAUUACAUGCAUGCAGUGUAUUUGAGCUUCUGUUUUUUGCAUGUAACAUUGUCUAGACAUGUUUUUAACGUAAUGAUGGUAACAUUUCACAAUAGUAAGCAUAAUAUAAUAUUUAAUGUAGUUUUAGAUAGGGAGUGGGAGUGUGUGGGUCUGCAGUCUUGCUUCUGAAUGAGGAUGAGAUGGUUUUGGUGUUUAGUGGAGGGAGUUGGAAAUGUUUGUACUUGGGAAUGGAGAGUUGCACAAAGUGGAGCUGAGAUUGCUGGUGUUGCUUUGGAAGCAGAGUUAGAUUAAUAGUAUAGGAACAGCAGCAUAACUCCCACUGUUAUAAUUGCAAUAAUGGAACCAUGAAGACACAGAAAGACUGAAAGCACCUACUUAUAUGCCCAAGGUAAUCUUGAAACCCUCAUCUAUUAUUUUGAUUCAUAGAUAUAGUGUGCAUAGAUAUAUUUGGUGAUAGGAAAAAUAAAAUGGGUAUUUAGUGGCAUAACGAGGAAAGGCUCUGUUCCUAGCUGCAUGUCUUGCAUGAGGAAGGAAGGAGUCACAGGGAAGAAGGGUCCGUACGAGAGCAUCUCAAAGAAAUGUGUCGGUCCCCGGGGGCAUGGUGACACAAGUGUGUGUAGAAUGCUAUCCCCAAAAUGACACAGGGGAGAAACAAUAUGGAUGAGUAUAAUGUGGAAGGAGGUUCAGGCAGGUCCCAAACCCAGAGUGCUAAGGGUCAAUUUCCUCCAUAUCCACCAGCUGCCCCAAGGCAGGGGCCGCCUCUGGGGAUUCAGGGUGGGAAGCCUCCCUCCACGUUUGAAACUGGACAUGCUCCUAGGGCAGUGAUGGCGAACCUUUUAGAGACUGAGUACCCAAACUGCAAUGCAAAACCCACUUGUUUAUCACAAAGUGCCAGCACGACAAUUCUACCUGCAUAUCUAUUUUUUUCCUGUUUCUGAGGUAUCUGAUGAAGUGUGCAUGCACACGAAAGCUCAUACCAAAAUAAAAACUUAGUUGGUCUUUAAGGUGCUACUGAAGGAAUUUUUUAUUUUGUUUCGACUCCGACCAACCUGUAACUUUUUCCUGUUUGUUUCACAUUUCUUCUUUAUGACUACUGUUUUAAUAAAUAAGCCUUCAUAAAAGUUCUUGCAUUACAUUCUUCAUUAAUCUUUUCAUUGGUAUGUAAUAUUAUGGUAUAACUCAGUGCUUUUUUUCUUUAAAAAAAACACGUUUAGGGGAUACUCAAAUUUUGACUCAAGAAAAUCACCACCAGGGGAGGGGAUCAAUACAGUUCAAAUUGAAGGCUGGCUUCAUCUCUGCCCUGCAAAAUGGAUCUUGCAAUGCAAACAUUGGGAGGAGUUCCUCCCCCCAUCAGCCCUUCUCCCACUCUUCUGAUCAGAAGAAGGAACGGGGAGGGGAGCAUAGCUGUCAAGUUUUCCCUUUUCUUGCGAGGAAUCCUAUUCGCCAUAAUGGAAUUUCCCUUUAAAAAUGGGAGAACUUGGCAGCUAUGGAGGGGAGCCCUUCUCUACCUUCCUUUCACUCCCCAGUCCCCCCCCCUGCCCUGUUUGUAGAUGGGAGUGGAGGAGAAGCACACUCUUCUCUCCCCCAAACCUCCUAAUUAAGUGGCCCCUCUUCCUCCUCCUCUCCAGGCCUUCUCUCUUCCGAAAAUGAGGAUGGAGACCCUUCCCAUCUAACCCUGCCUCUCCCUUAAAAAAAACCCACAACUUAUUUCCUCUCUAGGAAGCGGAGCUCAUUGACCCAGGGGGAGGAAUGAGUGGCAAAAAGGGAUUCUUCCUCCAACCCCCCCUCCCAGAAAACAUAAUUUCCCUUCCCUCCAAGCAAGCUAGAUAAUUCCAUUUCUUUCCUGAAAAGGUCUCAGGUUCCAUCCCCAGCAGUGGCAUGGAAAAGACUCUCCCUCGGGGCAUGAAAGUCGCACAGCUUGACACACACACCCCUCUGGAGUAACCCCACUACUGCCUUCAUUUCAACUCUCCACUAUGGGGUGCAGACCAACGCAGAACUCGCACCAGGAUCCCACAAUGCAAGUAAUGCGCAAAUUUCCUCCUCCAGCGACUCCCCCAGUAAAUUUGCAGCAACAAGGCCCAACGUUGCCCAGCAGACUGAAUAGGCUGCAGCUUUCCAGACUAGGCCGA